GUAGAUGAGAGAGCUUCCGUGUUUUGGUGUUAGCUUUAGCAUAAGCUGCUCGACUCGAUAGUAGAACAAUUCCAUUGGUUAAACCACCAGCAGGAUAUGAAUGACAAGCGAAGUUUUAUUUUUCAAAUUUUGUCGUAAAGUUAGCGGUUAUGGACACGUCUUGGCUGUGAGUUUGUAACCGAGUUUUCAACGGAGUGAUACAGAGAAACCCUAAGUAACGUGGGGCGGCCGUGUGUCAGCCCCGAGCCUCGUUAGCACCAACAUUAUCUGCUGUCUUCAUUACACUAGCGUUUUUUAAAAGAAAGCAGGGAUAAAUAACCAAAUCAUGCGUUGUAAAUGUAGUGUCUAACCCCGUCUCACCUUGUCGUGUAGUCGAGUCCCAAGCCAUUGUAUUUAUGUAGAACCGAGGAGUGGCCGGCCUUGUUGUUGAUAUCUCAUUCGUUUCGAUGGGGAAAAGGAAGGACAUGAUUCACCCCAGGUUUCUCGGCGACGGAGGCUCUGGGAUGCAUGGCGUUCACAAGAGGAAACACAAAAAGCACAAGAAGCACAAGAGGAAGCACCACCGGGACGAGGGCGGCCACAGCUUCCCCGAGGUGCCGGAGCCGGAGCCCGUCAUGGUGGCCAGGCCUCCUCCGCAGCUCAGACUCAAGAUCAAACUGGGAGGACAGACACUAGGGACCAAGAGUGUGCCCACCUUCACCGUGCAUCCCGGUGUGGCCCGUCCUCCAUCACCUUUGAUGAUCAUCGAUGAUGACGAUGACGACGAGGAUGAUGAUGACGAUGACGACGAUGAGCCGUCUGUGCCUCUGGAACAGUACCGAGCCUGGCUGGAUGAAGACAGCAACUUGGCCACGUCCCCGCUGCCCGACAUGGACUCAGACUCCAUGUUGGGAGGGCCUGUGGACGAAGAGGAGAGGUGGCUGGACGCUCUGGAGAAAGGAGAGCUGGAUGACAAUGGAGAGCUGAAGAAGGAGAUUGACGAGUCUCUGCUCACAGCCAGACAGAAAGCCCUCCUGCACAAGCAGCAGAGCCAGCCUCUCCUGGAGCUCCCCAUGGGCUACAAGGAGAAGGAGAUGACGGCCGAGAUGAUGCAGAAAAGGGAGGAGCGAGCCCGCAAGAGGCGCCUGCAGGCCGCCAAGAAGGCCGAGGAGAACAAGAACCAGACCAUCGAGAGGCUGACCAAGACCAGCAAGGCCAAGAUCAAAAGCAUGAAGGAGAAGAAGUCCAAGCAGGCGCAGUGCCCCAUGGUGCGAUACAGCGACUCGGCCCAGGGCGUGGCCAUCUCCUUCCCCACAGGGGUCUCCUCUCCGGCCCCGGCCCCUCCCCGUCCUCCACCUCCAGCCCCUGUGAGCUGUGGGGUGAGCGGGUGCACCAACCUGAAGAGGUACUCCUGCUCCAAGACCGGGGUUCCCCUCUGCAGCCUGGAAUGCUACAAGAGGAAUCUGCUGCUUGUUCAAACUAGUGCUUGAAGUUAACAAACACUUGAACCAACGUGACAGAUCUGAACUCUCUGACUUUUCUUGCAACUCUUCCUGGACUCUGAAUCCAAGUGCAAUGUGGAUGCUGUGUCUUGUUAGUGAUGGUGUCUCCUGUACUGUUGCAAGCUGGACAACUGAAUUAUGUGUAACACAGAAAAAAUGUCUCAAAAUCAGUGCACAAGUAUGUAAAACAAGGUAUUUAUAAUUUCUUAAGUAUCCGUUUGUUGAAGACCGCAGGAAAUCCUUAUUUUUGUACGUCUUUGGACAGAUUAGUAUUGCUUUCACUAGUUUGGACAUGGCUUUUAUUUUGGUAAUAAAGUUAAAAGAGCUUAGAGACUGACAUCAAGAAAUGUGACUAAGAAAUAAUAAAUAAUGACAGAAACUG